GUGAUAUGAAAGGACGAAGAAAGCACGUUGUGUCUUAAUAUGUUGACAGAAAUUAGCAAACAAAGAAAUACUUUUAAAACAUUUUAAUACCUGCAAUAACUACAGAACUGAGCUCCUCGCUUUUUAACAUUUAAUUAUUAAUGCUACCCUAAAGUCUCGCGGUGUUACGAUUCAGACAUCUUGCAUUUUAAUAAGUCUAGUCUCUGAGAUAUUGCUGUUAUAGGGACGUUUACUCAGUUCUCAUUCCCAGAAAGAAGCUGUUAGGAUCCCGAUCUUUUUCCUCCGCAUCAACGGAUGUGAAGUGGGAGCCUGGAACGAGCUACGCGUUCCAAUUCCACGGAGUGCAGACGGUUUCUUGCGGGGGGGGGGGGGGGUUCUUGUUCCGUAUUGUGCGUCAUCUCCAUCGUUUUUAUAUAUUUUGAUCCGUGUUGUGACAACAUGGCGACUCCCGCUGCGGUGAACCCGUCCGAAAUGGCCAGUGAGUUGCCAGGUCCAGUAGCACUGUCUGGAGGAGUUGGGGCCAGCCAGGUGAGAAUGGGAGGUCCUGUAUCAGGCCGUGCUGGAAAGAGGAGAUCAGGAGGAAUCGACUUUGAUGAUGAGGAUGGUGAGGGACCGAGCAAAUUUUCAAGGUAUGAUGAUGAUCAGAUUGCUGGUGGGGAUAAGGAGAGAUAUGCCAGAGAGAACCACAGUGAGAUUGAACGACGUCGGCGCAACAAAAUGACCCAGUACAUCACUGAGCUAUCAGACAUGGUCCCUACAUGUAGUGCCCUGGCUCGAAAACCUGACAAGUUAACCAUACUGCGUAUGGCUGUCUCCCAUAUGAAGUCUAUGCGGGGCACAGGCAACACUUCUACUGAUGGUGCCUAUAAGCCAUCCUUUCUCACUGAACAGGAACUGAAGCACCUUAUUCUGGAAGCAGCGGAUGGCUUCUUGUUCGUGGUGGCAGCAGAGACAGGCCGAGUCAUCUACGUGUCAGACUCUGUGACACCGGUUCUGAACCAUCCCCAGUCAGAGUGGCUUGGGAGCACCCUGUAUGAGCAGGUUCACCCAGAUGAUGUUGACAAACUGAGAGAACAACUCAGCACUUCAGAGAACUCAAUGACAGGACGAAUUCUGGAUCUUAAGACGGGAACAGUAAAGAAGGAAGGACAACAGUCUUCCAUGAGGAUGUGCAUGGGCUCCAGGCGCUCCUUUAUCUGCCGCAUGAGGUGUGGCAGUGCACCACUGGAUCACAUCUCCCUAAACCGUCUGUCUAAUAUGAGGAAGAGAUACAGGAAUGGCCUGGGACCCUCAAAAGAAGGAGAGGCUCAGUACUCUGUGGUGCAUUGCACUGGCUACAUCAAAGCCUGGCCACCUGCAGGCAUGACCAUACCAGAGGAGGAUACAGAAGCGGGUCAGACAGGAAAGUACUGCCUGGUUGCCAUUGGGAGACUGCAGGUAACCAGUUCUCCUGUCUCCAUGGAUAUGAACGGCUUGUCAGUUCCAACAGAGUUCCUCUCACGUCACAAUUCGGAUGGUGUUAUCACGUUUGUUGACCCACGCUGCAUUAACGUCAUUGGUUAUCAACCUCAGGACCUGCUGGGAAAGGAUAUUCUGGAGUUCUGCCAUCCUGAGGACCAGAGUCAUCUCAGAGAAAGUUUCCAACAGGUGGUGAAACUGAAGGGACAGGUGCUGUCUGUGAUGUAUCGUCUCCGAUUGAAAAACAGGGAGUGGAUGCUCAUCAGAACCAGUAGUUUCACCUUCCAGAACCCAUAUUCUGAUGAAAUAGAGUACAUAAUCUGCACCAAUACCAACGUCAAGCAGCUGCAACAGCAGCAGGCAGAGUUAGAGGUUCAUCAGAGAGAUGGUCUUACAGCCUAUGAUCUGUCCCAGGUACCUGUGCCAGGAGUCAGUAGUGGAGUUCAUGAUACAGGAAAGACCAUAAAUAAGACAGAGACUCUGUUCUCCCAGGAGAGAGACCCACGCUUUGCUGAGAUGUACACCAGCAUAUCUGGCUCGGGAGACAAGAAGAUGAUAGUUCCCUCCUCUACAGCUGGAGGACAGCCACUCUACACCCAGAGCUCUCCCUUCCAGCAGGGCCACUCUGGCAAAAGCUUCAGUUCAUCUGUAAUCCAUGUCCCCGGUGUGAAUGACAUCCAGUCCUCAGGCUCAUCCAGUCAGAAUUUAGCUCAAAUUUCUAGACAACUUAACCCAGGCCAGGUAGCAUGGUCAGGCAACCGACCCCCAUUCACUGGACAGUCCACUAAAGCCCAGUCUAGUCCAUUUGGUAUUGGAUCUGGCCACAACUACCAGACUGACCCAGCGUCCUACAGUCCACUGUCAUCCCCAGCCACAUCCUCCCCCAGUGGAAAUGCAUACUCAGGCCUGACAAACCGCAGCACAGCUUUUGAUGUGUCAGGAGAAGGUAGUCAAAGUGGAGCCCAGUUCCAGGGCCGUCCUAGUGAGGUCUGGUCCCAGUGGCAGAACCAGCAUCAUUCCCAGCAGUCUGGGGAACAGCAUGCACAUACCAAUCCCAGCCAGACAGAAGUCUUCCAGGACAUGUUGCCCAUGGCUGGAGAUCCCACCCAGGGAACAGCUAACUACAACAUCGAGGAUUUUGCAGAUCUCGGCAUGUUCCCUCCUUUCUCUGAGUAAAAGUCACCUCUACAAAGUUCUUUGCAUCUUACAGAUGGACUCAUGUCUGCAUUUAGUUCUUAUGUUUUAUCUCAUUUUUUAUAUGUAGCUGGAUGAGCGGCACUCGGCCACUUAAAAAAAUUUGUUUUAUCCGUUGCAUUUGUAUCAUCUCACUGCAGAAUAAUGUACCAGAUGUGAGGCCUGAAGUAUAAACUGGUAAACAUAUGCGUACCUUGGUGUGGUGAUUACGAGAGUCUCACUUUCAGCCUUUCUCAGCUUGUGAUUCAUGCUGCGACUUGAUGUUGGGGUUACUGAGUGUGCUCUGUAUAGUCAGCAUGCUCAGAACCGCAGGGAUGCCUUUGAGCUAUAACAGCCACAUCUAUCAGAGGUGAUUGUCAUUGUUACUAAGAUUUGAUGAAGAACUCACUUUUAGUCUUUUUAAGAGAAGAAUUACAGAGAAAAGUAUACCAUCUUAAAUAUCCAGCUCUCCUUAACUUUUAACUCAACUUUUUCUAAUGUAAUGCACCAGUCAAUUGGUUGCUGAUCUAAAUCAGUCAAUGUUUCUCAAUUGGUCAAUUUGGUGUGACCAAUGAGGUCAAAUACCAAACAAUUUCAGAGCAUUUUUUCCUGUUCAUUUGAUGUAUCAACAUUGGAACUCUUCAAUUAAGGUUAUUUUGAGUUCAGUAAAAUUCCAAUGAAAUUAAUAGAUGCUUUGAUGCAAAGUAGGAAUAAUGUUACAAUUCCUCAAUUUUCUGUUGGAAUUCCAAACUUCUACCUCUAUCAAAGAAAGUGCAGAAAAUGUUUUCAAUUAUGGUCAGUAUUUGUUACAUUUAUUUGUUGAAUUAAAACAAAAUGUCAAGUGGCUCCCACUUUUUUGGGUUUAAACUGCAGGUUUCCCCCACUUGAAAAGGCAGCUUGCUUCAAUAGGAUUCAAACUGGAUUUCACUCAAUGACCCAGAAACAAUUUUUCUUUUCCUCCUUUCCUUUAUUUUUAAAGUUCACAGGUGGUCACAAUAGGUGAAAAACCUUAAACACAAAGAAAACACAAAAAGGGUUAAGCAAAAACCCAAUAAACCACAUUUAACUAUGAUCAAAAUAAUUAGCCCUUUAAAUGAUUAUGAAUUAUUCUUGAAACUAAGUAUAACAUCCCAAAUUACACCCAAAAAUCAAACAAAAAUAUUUAAAGCAUUAAAUAUCAGUUUCUACAUAUAUUCAAGUACAGUCUGCAGCUCACCGGCUCCUUCCUUUCCUUGAAACAAACUUUCCUGCAGUGUCCAUUUUCCAGCACCUCUCUCACACAUCGUCAGCAGCUCAUGUGUUAGAGAGUACCUCCAAACAAUUUAUUUAAUCAUCUCCACCUGGAGAAAACAGGCUGCUGCCACCAGGGUGGGAGACACACCCAGACCUGCACUCAGCCAGAAAGGGGCGGGGCCUGAAGCUCAGCUCAACACAAAGUUUACUUAAUUAUGGUUUGCAUGUUUAUAGGGCAAUGGAUAUCUUUUUACUUGAAAGGAUCAGAACAGAUCUGUGGAUUUCUGCUAAAAACAGUUAUCCACUUAUGCCAUCAGGUGGCUUCCCUAGGAAACAAAUAAAUGACUAACUGCACCAAAAUGAAUUUACUAUACCACAGAAUGUUCACCAUGUAAAUGUUUUAUACUGCUUAGAAAUGUUAGCUUAGCAUUCCUUCUUUACAUCUUCACUUAAACUAGAUUUCUGACCAGAAUUGACAAUUUUACAAGAAAUCAAUCACCAGGAAAUAUGUUUUUGCCAUUUUCUUUAAAAUGAUCAUAUUGUGGUUCUUACAUAUAGUUUUAAACCUCAAAAAUCCACCUUCCCUCUGCCAUUUUGAUUGAUUGUCCUCUCACAAACGGGACUACAAUACAACAGUAGAAGGACUAAGGCAGCACAGAAGAGCAGCAACAUGAGUCAGAAUGUAGUGGCAUUUGUGUUUAUGUUUUAUUAAUUAGCGUCAGUGCCCCUGAAUAGAACAAGUUAGCAAAGGAAUGCUGCCUUCCAGCAUUGGCCACCGACCAGAUGCCACCGGUGUGGGUUGUUUCAUAAAAAUAAUUGGGGGGUUUAUUUCUAUGCCCGUCACAUGCCGCUGAUGUGCAUUGCCCUUUACAGUCUUUCUAAAGUAAAUUAAAAUCAGCCAGAACAGUAACCAGCAGUUCCUACCUCAAAGACCACAGCAAAUCGGUGUGGUUCAGUAAAAGUACACCUCAGACUGCAGAUUGGAUGUAGGUAACUGUGAAGGUGUAAACAAAAAUGUUUUAAAAUAGACGCUAGUAGUAUUUCUUAUUACUGAUCCUAUAACAGCUGCUGUUUGCUAAAUUCUCACUGCUCAGUACACCUGUGGUUUGCUAAUGAUGAUAGUGUGACAUGCAACACACAGCAGAGUCAGCAGGAGGAUCUGUAUGUAUUUCCUUUCUGAUGGAGAGCUUUGACACAUCUCCUGUCAUCCUGUGAGAAUCAGUUCAUCUCAAAUUCUUCUCCAUUUUCCCUUGGAUAUUACUUUUCAAACAAAAUCCAGUCACAGCUGUUUUCUCAAUGUACAUCCCUACCUACAGGCACUUGGGUCAGUACAGGAAAAACAUUUUUUAUUGUCACUGUAUUAGCAGAGAGCAGCAGGAGAAGCCAAUUUGCCCCGUUUCUCUCUCCCUAUGAACAUUAUUGUGUAUCCAAUUUGUAGCGAUGUCCUGAAACCUUUCAUGUUACAAUGGGAUAAAAUGCAUAAAUACAAUAAAAAACCUUAUUGCAUCCAGUCCCUGAGUUACCGCUUAAAGUGCACUUCAUGAAACUAACUGCUAAUCUUACCAGCCUGAUGCCCCAGUAGUGUGCAGCUGGUUGUCUUCAUCUCUCACUGCUUGACUGUAACACACUGUAAUGUUUUCAUUAACCAAGAGACUGAAUAAUAGUUUGCAGUGAAGGAACCUUUUCAUGAACUGUAUCAUGUUCUUCACAGAAGGAAUAAACUUUAGACAACAGAGGCUUUUGCUAAGGAUCUAAAAUUAUUAUUUUUUAAAUAUUGUCAUUUUCAUGUCAACUCAUCUUACAUUAACAGAGUACUUUUUUGUGCAAGUCUUAAUGAUAUUGUGUAUAAUGUGAGUGCGUAUUUAACUAUUAGUAUGUGGUUAGCUAGUAUACUGUAUAUUGCCUUCUAGACCUGUUUAAAUUGUGUAAAUGUGACCCAUUCUUUUGUGUAACAAAUUGUACCUGUGACAAUAAACUCUUCUUGAUUUGGUGGCUUCCA